AUGGUUGUGGGGUGGGGGCUCGGUGCGCCCACCGCUCACGCGCGCGCACACGUGCGAGGCACGCCCUGGCACAGGAGCCAAGGCCCUCGCCUCGAGCAUCCUCCACGACGGCAUCGAGCCCAGCAAGGCCGACGCCCUCGCCGUCGCGCCCGUCGUGGCAUGGGCUACAGAGGCGCGGGACUGUCACGACGGAGAGGGCGGCCUGUGCUGACCGCGUGGGGCAAAGUCGGCGGCCAGGUGCACGAGCUGAGGGACCACGCUCCUUCCUCGUGGGCCGUUGCUGGGGGCCUUGCUGGGACCACCCUGGCAUCGGUCCGCGUUCGGGGUUGGCGCAUGCUGGCGCGCUUCGUCCUCGCUCUGCCUGGCUGUGGAGGGACCAACCACGGGGGCCCAGUCGAGCUGGAGGUGCCGAAGGUACGCUCCCAGUCGUCGGAGGAGGCCGUGCUCGACUCCCAAGAGGCAGGCCGCCGUGCAGCAGCGGCCAGUGCGAGCGACGGCAGCGCACCGCUCAGGCCACUGCCGCGGGUGACUCCAGCGAGGCAGCUCAUCCCCAAGAGGAAGAAGGACGCCCUCUACCUCAGCCGCGCGAGCGCCGACCUGCGCUUGCAGCACUCCCUCUGGAAGUGCGGCAGGCAGUGGUAUGCGCGCGGUCAUGGAGGCCCUUGCGCAGCCCCCGAGCGAGCUCAGCUCCACCGACGUUUGCCACCGGGGGGCCACGGCGGUUGCUUCGGCGGAGGCCCCGGGAGCACGCCACGCCACGUCCUGGCGCGGCUUCUCCCGCAGCAAGAGGCGCAUGGGAUUCAGUGCGGGGCCCGGGCGGGGCUCAGCGGGGUCCUCGUCUCGGGCGGCUCGGUGAAGGGCUCGGAGGAGCUGCGUCAUGAUGACUGGGCCGCGCUGCUAAGCCACGAGGAGGCGGACAUGGUAGUGCAGGACGUCUACGGCCCGCGGCCCUUCCCUGACUCGCAGGGCAUGGCGCAUGCCGGCGGCGAGGCCACGCGCCCACAUUUGGGCCGGUGCUUCCUGGUCAUCAAGGGGCCAGGGCGCGGCCGGAUGGCGAAGGAGAAGAAGGAGUCCACGAAGGAUCGGGAUGCGCCACGGAUCGCCAACUACGACCCGGUGCAGAAGAUCGAGCAGUGGAAAAAGCGAGUCGACAGGGAGGAGAAGGCCCUGUGCAAGCACAUGGGCGCCAUCCCGGAGCAGGACCCGCCGCGGCCCGGACGGGACGCGCCCCGCACGGCAGGCAGCGCGGCGCUGGCAGGCUCCGGGCCGCCGGCCACUCCGCGGUCCGCGAGAGGGCGCUCGACGGCGGACGCGGCCCGGAGCAUCCUGCGCACGCCGCGGCUGAACACCACCAGCUCCGUCGGGGCCGCGAGCGAGGCGAGGGCGCUGAGCGCGUUCAGCGGCGGCGCCAGCAGCAUCACGACGCGGCUCCUCCAGGCCGAGCUGGAGCAGGAGAUGGUGAGGCGGAUCGAGGCCGAGGACCGGCUCCGGCAGCUCGAGCUGAGGCUCGGCGCCGCGGGGCCCGCCUGGCCGCCGCCCGGGUCGCCGGCGAGGCCGCUGGGUUGAGCCGCGGGCCAAAAGACGCCGCAGGAGAUUUGCGAAAGGGAGGUUGGUCCACCGCUGUUCUUUCCUCCGGGGAGAGGGCGUCGCGCAGCAGCGCGGCCUGGCGUGGCCGCUUCCCGGCCCGGGGCGGCGCCCGAGCGGGGUGGCGAAGCCACGCCCGCCCGCGGCAACGUGCAGGAGCUCGUUGCCCCCAACGCCGACCCCCUCCUGGGGUUGUUUGUCCGGCUGCGCAACCGCGCAGUUCGCCCCGCCACGUGCCAAGGGCGCCGCGCGGCGGCACGUGCAGAAUGGCACGGCGCUCUCAGGCCGGAGGCCUUCCCUGGCCCUCUGCGGCGGCAGGGCCACCUCCGUCCAUCCCCGCUUCCCCUCCAUGCCUCCCCUCCUCAAGACCAACCCCCGCACUACAUCUGAGAUGUAGGUCGUUUCGCUAAUGCGUGUCGUCGGAGGUCCAGCGAGCUCCCUGUUUCAGCUGUCGUGGUUGGACUCGCUGAGUUCCUCGCGGUCCCUGCCUCAGGCCGCAUCGAUGCCUUUCCUCCAGAUUUGCCCUCGUUCGUGCAGGUAGCCUGCGCUCCCCUCCCUUCCUGUUCCUCUUCACGACACUUUCUGCGAACGACCGUUUGCUCCACUGGUG